AUGGUCAAGACUCUCUUUCAAUGCAAAAGCCCACAAUGUUCAAAUGUGCGGAGCAGUGCAAGGCUAGUCUUGUGCAUUGGUAGAGAUAGAUGUGAUUGGUGAGCCUCGACAUCCUCCCUUCGACCGGUCCUUGCAGACGUUCUCUACCCUUCUAACAUCGCCUCCAGCUCAAUCUUAUUACUCUCACUUGGCAAGCAACUCUGCCGCUCUUCACUCAGCAAGAUGUCAGUCGUCCAGCAUAACGAAGGAAGCUCUCACGCGGAGAAGCAUCUCCACGAGGCGGAGGCGCAACAACCUAUGAGCGCGCGAACUGCCACCAACGGCGAUGGCAAGGAGUAUGCUGGCGGGGAGAGCAUGAACCGAUGUGAGUUCAAAAGUAGAGCAGGAGAAGAAAUGGCACUCGACAUUACGAUAAGCUACAUCCGAGCGCAAUUCGAUCUACAGUCGAGGUUCCUACUCUGUUGUCUCUUUCUUUGCUGACGGCUUCGCAUCGCGAAUGGCUUGACUGCCCUCGCAGACAUUACGCCGGGUGGGCACUUGGCCAACGAUGACCUGAUAGCUAUCGGAGCAUCGCACCGCAAAUAUGCCAACCCUCUACCUCUAGGCGCAAUGUCCUUCGCAACAACCACGCUUGUUCUCUCACUCUAUAAUGCCGGGGUGCAAGGAAUCACCGUUCCCAACGCGGUCUUGACUUUUAGUCUCUUUUACGGAGGCUUCGUGCAGUACCUCGCUGGACUUUUGGAAUUCGCAAGCGGCAACACGCUCGGUGCUAGUAUUGUGAGUGCCACGCGGCGCACAGAUAGGGAUCUCGGCUAUGGAACAUGAGGCUGGUUCGGUCUGACGGGCGCACCUUAACGACCUCGCCUCGAAAGUUCUGCUGCUAUGGCAUGUUCUGGUGGGGUUUCUCAAUGAUCUUCAUUCCGGUGAGUCGAGCUGCCCUCCUUGUCCAGAGCUGAAGACCCUGGCUGAUCAGAUUGGACGCCAACCAGUUCUUUGGAGAGAUGGGAACGUACGAUGGCGUUCCUGGAGUAUACUCCAUGAAUGGUGCAAAUGCUGCCGAGGCCGAGAAUGCAAUUGGCCGUGAGUCUAGAUGGGAAGUCUAGGGCUUGAGAUGUUGCUGUAGCGCUGACAACCGGCGUGCGGAUUGUUCGCGCUCAGUUUUCCUAUUCAUCUGGCUGGGCAGUGAGUGAACAAAAAAUCGAUGGCGCAAGAGCAAUUGCUGAAGCCGUCCUUGCUUGCCGACCUCAGUCACUCUUGUCUUCACAGUCGGUGCUAUGCGCUCCUCGAUCACGCUCAUCGUCUUGCUUGUUCUGCUCGACAUCACCUUUUUGUUGCUCGGAUCCUUCUACUACACCGGCAAUACUGCAUUGGAGCGUGCUGGAGGUGGUUUUGGUAUCGCAACGGCCAUGGUUGCCUAUGUGAGUGAUCGCUUUGACAAUGUGCCUUGUGCUGCUGGAGCGCUCAUCUCAGUCCAAGCGUCAUGCCACGCAGUACCUGGCAAUGGGCUCGUUCUUGACGCCUGCCACAAGCUACUUUACCCUUCCCCUCGGAAGCCUUGCCAUAAAGGAGUGA